AUGGGAUCCCAAACACCUCUUAAGCUACCAAUAAUAGACUUCACCACACCUGGCACACUAAAUCAAGGCAGUCUUGAGUGGGAUUCACUGAAAGUUCAAGUAAGGGAAGCACUGAAAGAGUACGGUUGCUUUGAGGCUGUGUAUGACGAACUUCCACCAAAACUCCGAAAGUCCCAUUUCAGUAUCGUGGAAGAGCUUUUCAAUCUCCCUACCGAUGUUAACAAAGCUGAGAGUAUCACUGAUCCCAAGAGUGGUGCUCCACUGCCAAUUGGGUUAAUUGCAUGGGCAAAUGGGCAUCUGUACAAUGCGGUUCAUCGUGUAAUGAUGAGAGGAAAUAUAACACGGUACUCAACAGGGUUGUUUUCAGUCCCAAGAGAAGGCUACGUGUUGAAGGUUUCAAAAGAGCUGGUGAAGGGUAGUCUUGAAGGGGCUGGGAAUGAUGAAGACCAAACUUCUCGUAUAUGUCACCUACUUAGUUAA